AUGGCGUUUACUCUGAGCCCUGACUUUUAUCGCUGUAUAGAGCGACACCGGGCGUCUAUGCUGCGGAGUAUGGAAGUCAGUGAAGAGCAGGGCCCCAAAGCUUCAGAACAGGCUCAGGAGCCGUAUUUCAGCCCUCAGGUCCUCGCCGCGAUCGAGAUGGUUAUUCUGAAGGUGUUGGAGAGUCUGAGCCAGAACCAGUCGCCCGUCAUCAUCCUGGAGAACAGGUCCAGCUGGGAAAACGUAGCGUUCAGCGAUUCCGUCGGAUUACAGAUGGUGAAAGACUGCGCCACCCGAAAGGUGAAGAGUGAUUGUCCCAGAUCGGCACAGAGAUUCGCGCUCAUACUGAAGCUCCUUUCUGUGAUCUACAGACUAGUGCAGAGCGACUCGUACGCGACCAAGAGGGAUAUUUAUUACACUGACGUGCAGCUGUAUGGCAGCCAGAGGGUGGUCGACAGCAUUAUCAGUGACAUCUCGUGUAUGCUGAGGGUCCCCCGAUGGAGCCUGCACAUCCUCUCCACGUCCAAGGGAUGUCUCGCAGGUGACUUGUUGUUUACCGAGGAAGACGGGACCCGAGUGGACUGCAGUGGAAGCUCAACGGGAGUCCUUGUGCCGGCCAACAUUGAAGGAAUCACCGACAUGAGCUCUCGGGCCAAAUUCAUCCUCAUUAUCGAGAAGGACGCCACGUUCCAGAGGCUUCUGGAUGACGGCUUUUGCUGCACGUUUGGACCCUGCAUCCUCAUCACGGGGAAAGGCAUUCCUGACCUGAGCACCAGGCUGCUGACCCGGAAGCUGUGGGAUCGCCUCCAUGUCCCCAUUUUCUCGCUGGUUGACGCAGAUCCGCACGGUAUUGAAAUAAUGUGUAUCUACAAGUACGGCUCUCUGUCGAUGUCAUUCGAGGCUCCAACGCUGACAGCUCCUGCAGUCUCGUGGCUCGGUCUCCUCCCGUCCGACAUCGAGAGGUUACACGUCCCCCCCGAAGGGCUGCUUCCAUUAACCCCUCUGGACCAAAGGAAACUGUCCAGCCUCCAGCGCAGAGAGUAUGUGUCCCACCAGCCGCUAUGGAAGAGGGAGAUUGAAAUAAUGGCUGCAAGUAAUACGAAGGCUGAGCUCCAAGCGUUGUCCACCCUGGCCCCCGACUACCUCUCCAGGGUUUACCUGCCCAAUAAGCUGCAGUACGGUGGCUGGAUCUGAGACUCAGAAAGAAGCCCCCCUCGGUGGGCAAAUUCUUGUAUAGACUGUAUAGUGUGCCUUGUUCCUGUCGGGUUAACCCUUUGUUUUAUAGGGUUAGUUUCUCGCUCAUUCAGUUUCUGAAUUCCUGGUUAUUGCAAUAAA